CGCUCAUGAGCACUCCUUCCUCGGCCACAGAGAGGCCUCCCGGCCCUCAUACACAGAACGUCAAACUCGUCACACAACAAGAACUGAAGGCAAAGGAGAAGUCUGANAAACAGUCUCCCAAACCUGAUUCGAAUGAACCCAAAGCACCAACACAUCAACGCCUCGUCCUCACAGAUCCCAUCGCCUUCAGAUAUUUGCAAGAAGAUCCUGGUGUAGAAGUCAUUGAAAGCAGCAAAGAACUUCAGGGCUACGAAAUUUAUGUCGUCGAACAAUGGGCCACUUCUCGAACUCAUCCAACUUUUGUCAUCACCACUUUCACUGGUGAUCCCCAGCAUGUUGCUCAGGUCGGCAUUCUGAGCGUUCCUACAGACGAAUCUGGCUGGUCCCAACGUCUGCGCGUCUACUUCAAAGCCUUGAAUCAAUAUCAUGCCCGCCGGAGAGAGACUUCGCUCGGUAUAUUGAUGAUCACGAAUCUGUCUGGCUUUCCUUCAUCCUUGACCGUCAUUCCCGUUCCCGACGGCGACCUCAAAAAGCAUCGCUUUGAAUUCUUCGUCGCCGAGAAUCUCAAGCGCAUGGGUUGUUCUGGACGUGUUGGUCUUACUCUGUCUGCACCUAAUAGUGCCACAAUCGCCAAGUUCCAUCAGCUGUACAAGACGAGUGAUAAGAACCCGAUCCAUACGUCUGUCAUCGAGCUCGUCAAGCUAUGUCAAGCCGCCCUCAAUAUCUUCGACAAACUCGAUUUUGACUAUGUCGAUGGCCUGUUGUGCGACAUCACCGAGAAAGCAGUCAACGACUGGUGGUUGGACAUUGGUGCAGAGUUCUAUAAUAUAGAGCCGCACGAUGGCAUCCUUGGGCCAACUACGGUGGCUGCUUUGCUUGGCUUGUUGAUGGGUGCUCGCAAUCGAUUGAGUGCUGUUGGUGCACCUGUACCAAAAGAUCCCUUCGACAUGGAAGGCAUGAAACGUGGUAUCUCGCACUUCCAAAAGAGCAACCGGAUGGAGCGGACUCGAAGACUCGAUCGACACACACUCGACAAGCUACAUAGAAUAUCUGCAAAGGCAGCUAAUGCUGAAGGCUGGUCAGUACCUCGUGCUGUCAAGUCUACUGUGGCAGAGCUGAGCGGAAAGGGCGGUGAAAUGCUUGCAGAGGUUGUUGGAAGACGCGACAAGGCAGGCAUUGCCGAUAUUGAGACAUCAUACAUUGAUCGGUUCGAGCAGCUUGUUUACGGUCAACGCUGUAAGUGGCUUUGGCUUGGAAAACCUCUCAAGAACCAAUCUGUCGACCUCAAAGACCAGAAGUCAAAUGAGCCCAGCAGAGGCUUUGGUCCAGUGGAACGAAAGCAUACACAAGAGUCGAUAUCCACUGCGAGAGCGGCUUCUGAUGAAAUCCUGUCGCCUACGUGGUCUUCCAGCAAAGAAGGCGAAGGAUCGAUCAGGGGAGAGAAUCAUCAUAUUCAUCGCUCUGUCACCAAGAGAGCAACAGGAUUGUUCAACGAGGGCAGAAGGGGUUUCGACAAGUUCAAGGAUGCCGUUCGUGGCCACCAAUCCAAGGGUUCGAAGGACGAAUCACCAAUGUCUCCUGCAGACUCUUCGCGACAAGACUUCAAAUUCCCUCAGACCCUCGAGCGAAUCGAUUCUUCUUCACCACCUGCUAGACCUAAGAUCCCUCAAGGCGCAGACGGGAGCCUCGAUCAAAUUCUAUAUCAGCGAGAACAGCACAAGGAAGCCGAUGCUGCUGGACGUUCCGAAGUUCAAAACUCCAACCAUCUUCUCACCAGUCCUCAGGAUCCAGACAACAGCGUCUUCCCUGUCGAAGAUCCGCAAAGGAAAAAGGCCGAAGAGGAAGCACGGGAAGGCAAAAGCGACAACGAAUUCGACGUUGACGGAUUUGAGACCAUCUCGCGUACCAUAAGCGGCGAGCCUUCCAUCUCAAUAGCAGGUUCCGACUACCACGGCGUCGACCUCAAAGAACUUCUCCCAUCACCUCCAGACCUAGCGCAAGAUAUUGGUCCUCUGCUCCGUCGCAUCCAUUCCUACAGCGACUUUGAGACUCUGUCUGCCACAACACGCUCGGACGGUUUCUACCCCCGCCGUCUGAGUUUCUCUAUCGCUGCAGAUAGUAUACUGCCUCCCUCCCCAUUACUCCUCGCUCCCUCCUCCCCAUUACCAAACCAUAUCCCCCUCCCCCAACAAUACACCCACGAAACCACAAUCUCGGGCGAUCUCAAAGCCAUCCGCGCACAACUCGCCACCCUAGAUCGCAAAGAAGCCUCCUGGACCCGCUCCCAACUCCUCGCCACUUCGUCUCUGCUCACCCACGCUGACGACGACCAAACAUACCUCGAUUCCAUUUACCGUCCUUCCGCCGCUAACCUCCAAGAUUUGAGGGAUGCGAGUGAAGCGUUGUUGGUUGAUGAACGCGAUGCCCUACACGAAGGCGCCAAGGAACUAGAAACCCUGGCUCAGAGACUGGACUAUGAGAUUGAAGGACUAAAAGGCAAAGUCGAGGAUGUAGAAGUCAAUGUUGAGGAUUUUGAGCGUGCGGUCACUGGGAUCGAGGGGAGGAUUGCAGAGCUGGAGGAUUUGGACAAGGGGAAGGGGGGUUUGGGGUGUGUUGUUUCG